UGAAAGCGAAGCGCUAAUAUAUAGUCUUGGGACGUUGAAGGUAAAGAAAGUAAAUAAAAAAGAAAAUGAUAGGAUGGCAAGACGUGUAUAAGGUGGUGGUGGCAAUGGUGCCAUUGUACGUGGCUCUGAUGUUAGGGUACGGGUCAGUGAGGUGGUGGGGGAUCUUCACGAGGGAGCAGUGCGACGCCAUAAACCGACUGGUGUGCUACUUCACGCUGCCUCUCUUCACCUUCGAGUUCACGGCUCACAUUGAUCCCUUCCGCAUGAAUUUCCCCUUCAUCGCAGCCGACACCAUCUCCAAGUUCAUCAUCGUCUCGGUGCUCGCCUUCUGGGCCAAGUGCUCUUCCAAAGGAAGUUACUGCUGGUCCAUCACCAGCUUCUCCCUGUGCACUUUAACCAGCGCUCUUGUUGUGGGGGUCCCUCUCACGAAGGCCAUGUACGGCCCGUUGGGGGUCGACCUCGUCGUCCAAUCUUCGGUUGUCCAGGCCAUCGUAUGGCUCACUCUUCUCCUCUUCGUCUUGGAAUUUCGAAGAGCGGGAACAAUCCAAGGCACUGAUUCUACUUCUCACUCAAACCCUUCUGUAAAGGCGCCAAAAGAUGUUGCUACUGUUGCAGUAGUAGUGGACGAGGGAUUAGUCAUAAGCAGCGGCACCGCCACCAGGCCUCCCUUCUGGAAGUCGAUGAAGCUUGUGGGGCUGAAGCUCGCAGUCAACCCUAACACGUACGGUUGUAUCGUUGGCAUUUCCUGGGCUUUCAUCGCUAACAGGUGGAAGUUGGAAAUGCCAAGCAUCAUAGAAGAGUCAAUAUUAAUCAUGUCAAGGGCAGGGACGGGCACUGCCAUGUUUAGCAUGGGUGUUUUCAUGGCGCUUCAGGAGAAGUUGAUAGCUUGCGGAUCCAGUCUGACGGUAUUCAGCAUGGUUUUAAAGUUCGUAGCCGGACCUGCGGCCAUGGCUAUUGCUUCCAUCGCUGUGGGAUUGCAUGAUGACGUUCUCCGAGUCGCUAUCAUUCAGUAGGAACUAGGAAGAGACAGCUAGCUGGAAGAGCGAAGUUAGUUUUUAAUAUAAACUGUAAGUCCUUUAUUUCUCGACUACAAGACCGUAGAGAAAGUAUAUCUUCAAUUAGUGUUGGCUCCAGUUCCUUCACCCUUUUAAUUUAUAAAAAUUUUUAUGCCCACGCUUUUAAAUUUAUUACAUAUCGUCAUGUAAUGGAUUAAUUUAUUUAAAUUGACAAAAAAGAUUGCCAGGGCCAAGUUUAAGGGAUAAAAAUGUUCACCAAAAAGCGGAGUCUCCUUUGUCCCCUACAGCUUAAAAAAUAAAAAAGAGGAAAAAAAUCCGGAUAUGUGGUUCACAAACUCGCAAGUAUAAAUUAGUGGCUGGAGUUAGUUUGAUUUGGAAUAAGUGUAGAAAGCAAGUAAAGCUUUAGGCUUGAAGCGUGACCGAAAUCAAAGGAACGAUGUGAAGAUACAGUGGGAAGAAAAGAAAGGGGAAGCUAGUGGCGGGCGAAUUUUGUGGGUGAUGUUUGAAUUAUAGCGGUGUUGCUAGAUUGAUUUGUUAAUUGGCACAAGAUUCUCAGUUGUGAGAGAAUAAUAUAAUAGGGAAGAUGCUCAGUGAAGUUGGAUAUU